AUGGGCGAUCUUGGAAACCGUCAAAGCCCUUUAGCAGGAGACAAGCUAUUGGUAUUUCUCUCAGCGCCGGAAGAUACGAAAUGGACAAGCAGGAUCUCUGAGCGCUUCCCCGGCCUCAAAGUCUGCUGGGAGUCCAACUUGAGGCCCGGCGGCGGUUUUCUUUUGCCAGACGAGCUGCCGGAUGAGGUUUGGGAAGAUGUGACGAUUUUUAUGGCCUUUAACCCGCCGUCGGCCCAUCGCUUGUCUAAGGUGCGCUUCGUGCAGUUGACCUCUGCAGGCGCAGACAGGUGGCUCGACCACGAUGUCUACAAAGACCCUAAUGUUUCAUUUUGCACUACAAAUGGCUGCCAUCCGCCCCAGAUCGCGGAAUGGGUCAUUGGUUCAUGGCUCGCGCACCAGCAUCAUUUCCAGCGUUAUCAUAAUCACAUGAAGGAAGGGUUCUGGGAAGGCCCGAUGGAAGUGGACUUUGAAGACUCAGUCGGACUUCGCAUGGGCGUUCUUGGAUAUGGUGCCAUAGGGCGCCAGUGUGGUAAGGUCGCGCAAGCAAUGGGAAUGGAGGUGUAUGCGUACACGAGAAGCGAGCGCGCAACACCCGAGUCUCGCAAAGACGACAGCUACUGCGUUCCCGGCACUGGAGACCCUGACGGAUUGGUUCCUACUAAGUGGUUCCACGGCGCUUCCAAGGAAGCCAUUAACAACUUCUUGAGUCAAGACCUCGAUCUAUUGGUACUUGGUCUGCCUCUGACAGAGGAGACAAAAGGACUGAUUGGCAAAGAGCAAUUUGAGAUCCUGUCAAAGCGGAAGACUUUUGUUUCAAAUGUCGCCAGAGGUCCUUUGAUUCAGACCGACGCUCUCAUGGAAGCUCUCGAGGAUGGUAAGAUCCGGGCGGCUGCUUUGGACGUCACAGAUCCGGAGCCGCUUCCGAAAGAUCACCCGCUGUGGAAGGCGCCCAAUGUCUUCAUUACACCUCACGUCAGUUGGAGAACGGAUGGAUACUGGGAGCGAGUUCUAGGAGUUCUGGAGGCAAACUUGGAGCGUAUAGAUGCUGGCAAGCCACUCAUCAAUGUGGUGAACAAGAAGUUGCACUAUUGA